AUGUACUAAAUUUAAUAGUACAUCAGAAAAGUAAGAAAAAAUUAUAUACCAGAUUAUACUUUUCUAUAGAUAAAUUGUACAAUUAAGAAAUACUUUUCAAUUAAACUUUAUAUUUUUGUUUCUAGUUUCAGUACUUUCUCAACUAACAGAAGGUGAGUGAGACCGCGCUUAUGGAAAGCUCUACAAUUUUCGACUAACUUUCAACAAUCGUCAGCUUCAUAUAACAUACAUAACGGUCGUGCUUUUAGUAUAUCAACAAUCAAAGCGCAGUUCUUGCGCCUGCGAACAUCCACGCAUGUGCUCAUCGACAAAUGCGCCAGUAAUCAUACGGAAUAAUGGAUAUCUCUCUUAAUUUACUAGUACGGAAAGAAUAAAAAAUUUCCAUGUGUAAAUCCAAUCGCACCAUGAUGAACCAAGCCCUAUCACGUUACAUUGGACCUUCGUCGAUAUAACGAAUCUUCUCCAAUUGAUCGGUUCAUCGAUGAUAGAACGCUCGUACGAGAAGAAUUCGAUUCUUUAAUGAAAGCUCCGUCAAUCGAUAAACAGAUCGAUCCCUCAACAAGAAAUCUGAAUGAAUUUGGAAAAUGUAAUAUGUCACGUGCCGAACAUCAAAACAGGAGCUCGAGUCAUCCUUUUCGAAAGAAAAUGCAAGGGCCUACAAUCGAGGAUCUCAUCCAAGGAUCCUACCUGAGAGAUAUUAAAGUAAUUACUGGCUGGUAAGCCUCCAGUUGGUUUACAUUUGGAUGUAUUGAAAAAUGAUAAAUUAAUACAGAAAUUAAUGGUGGAUGAGAAAAGAUGUUACUUGUUUGGUCGCAAUCAACAAUUAAAUGAUUUUUGUAUCGAUCAUGCUUCCUGUUCUCGAGUUCAUGCUGCACUUGUUUAUCAUAAACAUCUUCACAGAGCAUUUUUAGUGGAUUUGGGCAGUACACAUGGAACAUUUAUUGGUAAUAUGCGCUUAGAAGCGCAUAAACCAACACAACUUCCUAUUGAUAGUACAUUUCAUUUUGGAGCAUCUACACGAUAUUAUAUUAUCAGGGAACGACCACAAACUGGUACAAGACCUAUUAUUGAAGAAUUAGAAAAACUUUCAGAAGAUGCUGAUACCGGUGGUUUAUUAGGUUUACCUGAAACAGAAACAGAACUUGAUAAUUUAACAGAAUUCAAUACGGCACAUAAUCGACGCAUAUCCAUGCUUGGUAUCACAGAUGAUGAAAUGCAUAAAAGUACUAGAAAACGAAAGAAAAAAGGUAUAACUUUUAAUGACGAUGAGGAAGUUAUUAAUCCAGAAGAUGUAGAUCCGUCUGUUGGUAGAUUUCGUAAUCUUGUACAAACAACUGUAGUUCCAAGCAAGAGAAUGCGUAUGGAAGGUGGAUUGAUAUCAUUGUCAGAAGAUCAUCAUCCUUUAAAACAUUUACAACCUACGUCAACCACACCACAACUUUAUCAUGAUCUUCCACCAGAACAAUUUACACCUUCUUCAUUGUCAAUAAAUCCUUUUUCUACAGCUUUAACAUCAUUAACAUCUAGACUUGGUAUUGCAUUACCAAAUCCAGCGCCAGAAGUAGAAAUGACUCCAAAUCUUGUACAACCAGAGGUACCACAAGUACCAGAAAUUUCAGGUCCCACAGAACCACGUGCAAUGGAGCCUAAAAAGAAAAAAUAUGCCAAGGAAGCUUGGCCUGGGAAAAAACCUAUACCAUCGCUUUUGGUAUAAUUGUAUUAAAAAUUUUAUACUUUUCUUAACCGUGGGCAUAGCAAAUAUAGUCUACUGUUUCGUUGCUGUAUUCGUGAUAGGCUUAAUAUUUGAA